UCAUAGGCCGGUGCGAGGGGGACGAUCCCGGCUCCGCUGCUCGGUGGGCAGGGCCAUCGUUUUCGUAAUGUUUCAUUACAUUUAAAGGAAGCAAUGUUUUCUCUCCGCUCAGCUGCGACGACGAACUCUGUCGGCUUCGGACCUCUCGCCAUUUUAGUCCUGCCGGCUGACGGAAUAACACACACGUUUAUCGACAACAAGGCGAGUUCUCGACGGUCUCCGUGAUGAUAGAAAUGGAGGUGAUGCACUCCGGUCAUCAGGACAUGGAGCUGAUCGACAUCCUGUGGAACCAGGACAUCGAUCUCGGCGCCAGGCGCGAGGAGUUCGACUUCAACCACCGCCAGAAGGAGCACGAGCUGCGGAGGCAACGGGAGCUGGACGAGGAGAAGAGGCAGCAUCUGGUCCUGGAGCAGGAGAAGGCCCUGCUGGCGCAGCUGCAGCUCGACGAGGAAACGGGAGAGUACAUCCCCCGCCCGCCGCCCAGCGCCAUCCUGCAGCCGCCCGUCGCCCCUCUAGAGGGUACACAGAACGUCAGCUUCACAGGAGAAACCGAUGAUGCCAUGUCAUUUGAUGAAUGCCUGCAGCUGCUGGCAGAUACAUUUCCUGUGGACGACACUGAGACCACCUCAGUCUGCCUGGACGCCGCUGCCAUUUCAGCACCCACGAUGUCCCCCGAGCCGCCGGGUCUGCGGACAGCCGUCCUCUCCACAGGUCCACCACCACCUCCGCCGCCACAGAGGAUGUCCCCGGAUUUAGAGCAGGCCUGGAUGGAGCUUUUGUCCCUCCCCGAGCUGCAGCAGUGCCUGAGCAUGCAAGUCGAAGACACACUGGAGACCAGCACAUAUCCUCUCUCAAGCAGCCCUGAAGUGCACAAUUCAAACUACCCUUUUUACCCCAUGAAUCCCACACACAGGGUAACAAACCCAUUAAAUAUCAGUCCUGCACAGUUCAUGAAUACAUUCGAUGGCUCUCUUCCCAGCUUGGCCUCACCAGACAAUCUUAGCCAAGUGAAAGAGAAUCCUCCUCAGUUAAAUGCUAAAUUCAACGCCGAAAUCUUCUGCGACAUAUUUUACCCCAGCGCCGUUCUAGACGAGAGCGGUGGUCUCGAAGGAAACGGGAGAAACGCCACGUCAGAUAUCUCAAACAAGCCUCCCUUCACACCAGUGGACCUUUACAGCCUCUCGCCCGGCGACGCCUUUGACAGAGGAAAGGCGAAUCUGAGCGCGGAACUGCCCGACUCCGAUUCAGGAAUCUCUUCAAACACGAGCCCGAACGUGAGCUCGCCUGGGAAGUCUUCGCACGGAGACGAGUCCUUCGGUUUCAGCGAUUCGGACACGGAGGAGAUGGACGACAACCCCGGGAGCGUCGAGUCCGACUACUCGGACAUGUUCUCGCUGAACUUCCAGCCGGAUCACCUUCAGCAGGCGAUUUCUCUGUCCGCGAGGCUAGGGCCGCCGCAGCAGCAGCAGCAGGAAAAGAAUCCCAAAGCGCGCAAGACCGACCCGGACGAGGAGAGCGGCCACAGCGCCUCCCCGUUCGCCAAGGACAAGCAGAAGAAACGCUCGGAAAAGCGCCUCUCCAGAGACGAGCAGAGGGCCAAGGCCCUCAAAAUCCCCUUCACCGUCGACAUGAUCAUCAACCUGCCCGUCGACGACUUCAACGAGAUGAUGUCGAAGCACCAGCUGAACGAGGCCCAGCUGGCCCUGGUCAGGGACAUACGGCGCCGCGGCAAAAACAAGGUGGCGGCCCAGAACUGCCGCAAGCGCAAGAUGGAGAACAUAGUGGGUCUGGAGAGCAACCUGGACUCACUGAAGGAGGAGAGGGAGCGCCUGCUGAGCGAGAAGAGCCAGAACGCCAGCAGCCUGAAGGAAAUGAAGAAGCAGCUGAACAGCUUGUACCUGGAGGUCUUCAGCACGCUGAGGGACGAGAAGGGCAACUCCUACUCGCCCUCCGACUACUCCCUGCAGCAGUCGACCGACGGCAGCGUCUUUCUGGUCCCUCGCGUCAAAAAGACUUUCAUCAAGAGCGAGGACGACCUCUUGUCUCCUUUGUAGUAUGGUGCCGCGUUGCCGUAGCAAUACUAUGCAAUAACUUCCUAGUUGUUCAGCUUUAAAGCAUUAGUCGCUCUGCAGAACUAUUGUAUAGUUUUCACGCACUUCUCUUGAAUGUUGGAAUAUUUUUGAUAUUUAGUUCUUUUGUACUCAGAUUCCUUAUACAGAGUCUUUAACCAAUAUUGGUUGUAAAUAUAAACAUGACUUGCUAUUGAGAUUGAUAACUUACUGUAUGCGUGUAUAUAUUGUAUAUAUCAUAAUAUUUGAUUGUUUCAAUCAUCACUACUCAUAUUUUAUAACUAUCCCUGUAUGAUUUGCUGCCCAAGUUGUUUUUAAAAUAAAACAAUCUUGACUUGCUUUUCAAUAAACUAUCCCUAUAGCUA